AUGAAGGCAUUCAUACUCUUGGUUCUGGUGGCUUUGAUCGCUGUGGAGAUGGACAAGGCCUGUGCUCUGUCUUCUCAUGGAAGAUUACAAAAACCUGGAUCUUGUCCCAAGGUGCCCCCAAAUACUGGCGGAACUUGUGAUGAGAGAUGCUCAGGAGAUGAAUCAUGCCCUGGUAAAAUGAAGUGCCGCAGCAACGGGUGUGGUUUGUCUGCCAACCUGCCAUCUUCAAAGUGACUAUAGUUCUGUGUCUUACUUGCCUUUGUUGUGACAGCUUCAUCAAGGCAACUACAGAAGAAAGAGUUUAUUAGGGACUUACAGUUUC